AGAAGAAACACACACAGGAGAGCCAGUCAGGGGGAAGAAACAGUUGCACAUUUUGAGAGCUCGCGCGAUAUGAAUCCCAUUUGCGACAAGUUUAUUGCCUAGUCCGAUGGCAUUUUAUACAAUAUCGGGAACCGUUGGAGCUUUUUAUUCUUCUUCCGAGUUUAGUGCUCCCCCCGUUUGUCAAAACAACGACGAAGAAGUGUUGAGAAACGUGACGUAAGGAGCGGAUUACGUUUUUUUUGUUGUUGUUGUUUGUUGACAAGGAACCAAAAGGGAAGCAUCGACCCCGGGUGUGACAGCCUCCGCGCAGCCGAACAUGGACGAUGAGGCGUUUUACCAGAUCGUGUCCGCGUUCCAGCACCUGGUGUCGUGGGUCGCGGCCGGGGCCAUGGUGUUCGGCGGGGUGGUGCCCUACGUGCCCCAGUACCGGGACAUCCGGCGGACCCAGAACGCGGAGGGGUUCUCCACGUACGUGUGCCUGGUCCUCUUGGUGGCGAACAUCCUGCGGAUACUCUUCAGAUUUGGCCGCUACUUCGAGACCCUGCUGCUGUGGCAGAGCAUCAUCAUGAUCGCCACCAUGCUCAUCAUGCUGAACCUGUGCACCAACGUCCGCAUGGCCACCGAUCUCAACACCAAGAGGCGCUCCUUCAUAGCGACAGACAAUAAGGACGAGGAGAUCAGAAUCCUUAAGAGGCUCUUUCUGGACUUCGACUGGAGCUACUUCUGGUUGUGGAGUCGCUUCUUGGACUACAUGCAGUGCGUGCUGGCCUUCACGCUGACGGCGGCCUACGUCACCUACCUCUUCCUGGACUCUGCGCUGUUCGUGGAGAGCCUGGGCUUCCUGGCCGUCUUCACCGAAGCCAUGCUGGGCACUCCGCAGCUCUACUGCAACUAUCAGAACAAGUCCACGGAGGGCAUGAGCAUCAAGAUGGUGCUGAUGUGGACCAGCGGCGACACCUUUAAAACAGGCUACUUCCUGCUCACCCAGGCUCCUGUGCAGUUCUGGAUAUGUGGCCUGCUGCAGGUCUUAGUGGACUUCACCAUCCUCUUCCAGGUGUACUACUACAGCCGCUACCCACAGAAACCAGUGUCCCACACGGUCUCCCACACCACCAGUGCCAAAGCCCUCUGAAAGCCGCCGCGAGCUCUCCGGGGGGGGGGGGGUAAACACACAGGAGCCCCAACGCACCUUGAGAUGAUGCAGGCUGCUCGCCAUCACCCUCUAGUAUACAUCAAGACACACACACACGAGAGAAUAAGGCAUGCGCAUACACAUUUGAGGCGUGAACAGACACUUGGCGGCGUUGGCGUCUGCGGCGAAAACCCAAAGGACGCUUGUUCCAAACAAAACUCGAAUCCUUUUUUUGCUUUUAUUUAUCCCACAGACCGUCUGCCUGUGAUUUGUGGAACGCAGACUUCUGAAAGAAUAUCCUUGAGUCAAACCUGUGCAUGUGGAGAAUAUUAUGCACACGAAUGAAUACAUAAAAGUGAAUGACUGAAAUCUGUGCUCAAGGACCAGCUUUUGUCAUCCACAUCGGCUGAUGAUUGUCGCAUGGACAACCCCCCCCACCCCCCGCCCCCUCCCUCCUCUGCCUUAAAUCGCACACAUUCACACAUGGCUUGCUGCGUUGCCAGAAAUACACAUGUAUGACUCGAUCAGAAAUGAUCUCAAUAGACAACGUUACUGAAUGUACAAAAUGGUAUUUGUUAUAUGUGUUGUUUUCCCCAACACGGUGGAGAAAUGCUGGUCAGUCUACCACUUGUUGGACAGAUGGUUGGUCGCCAUGUGCUGUGGCACACAGGCUCAGUGGUAGGUGUUAACGGAGGAAUCAAAUUGCCUCUAGUUUCUUACAAUCCCACUUGAUGAAAAAAAAAAAAAUCCCAAAGGCACGAAGACGCAUCGUAUUGGCUUUUAAAAAAAAAAAUUGUACACGUUGGCGGCGACGGAGCGAUGAGAUAAUCGAGUAAAAGUCUGAAGGGCCGUCGGACGUUUUAACGUCAAGAAACGUCACGACCUGUUUUCAGCUGAAAAAGCCCAACGGCAAGAUUUAUCUUUUUUUUUUUUUUUUUUUUUUUUUUUUAUACCGAAGCUGUCGAUGACGUUUGUAGAUCUUUAUAUCCAAAAGGAGUUGAUGUGCAUUUAGACUAAACGCAAAGCGGGUUUUCGGGUCGCGGUCGGGGGUCUGAAUAACGAGAUGUAGGGAGCAGCAAUAGCGUCCAGCACUCCGAUCUGUCGGAAUGACAUCAUUCGCACAAAGUUAUUGAGAUCCGGAGACAAAGAAGGAACGGAAGAACGGUUACUAUUGCCAACAGAAAUGACAGCCAAAUCAUACUUUUUUUACAGAUUUGAUAUUUCUGAAUAUUGUAUCUUCACUUCCCAUCAUGUCUGAAGUGUAUUAUUUCUAUUGGGGAAAGCCAAAACAUCCCCCCCUGGUGUCCACGCUGCUCGUCGCCAUUUUGGUCCUCGAGAAAUUUAAUUUCCCGUUUCCGAAGGGAAAGCGGCCACAUGUGGAUAUUUAUUUUUGUGUGGGUUAUUGUUGUUUUGUAAUCUUUCUCUGUGGGGGGGGGGGGGGGGGGGAUGCCAAAAGCAGGAGGUGUCGGUGAACUGAGAGCAGACCUGAUUCUGUCCUCUUCUCAGCCUAAAAAAUGGAAACGUCCCUUUUUUUUGUUCCAGAAGGACGAGGCAGGAGGCGCCUAUAAAUAUAUUUCUUUUCCUUGCUCCUAAAUAUACAAACGCCCCGUGGUUUCUUGAGGGUGUGCACCAUUUUGUGUCUAACAGCUAUUUUUAGUCACCCUAUUUAUUUUCUUUCCAUUAUUAAUCUUUUGAAUGCCAGUGUAAUGUAUGCUUACUGUUGUUUGUAUACUGUGAGAUAUCCUGUUGCGCUCAGUUUCACUUUGUUUACUCUUUACAUUCCAUGUGUUUUUGUUUUGUUGUUUUACUUUUUGUAUCAUUUCAUCCAUUCAUUUUCACGUUACAGUUAUUUUCCCCACACAAACUGCCAUUUCGUGCAUUGUUUUUUGUUUUUUUAUAUCUGUGAAACUGUACCAAAAAUAUAUAAUUCCCAGUAUGUUCAGUUAAAAAACUUCUUUUUUUUUCUUUUUCCAACUGCCAAUUGGUCCAUCUUCAAUAACGAGUGCAGCCGAGACUCCAAACGUGACAUUGACGCACAAUAAAAAAGGAGAGAUUCUCGA